AUGCCGUUCCAUUUACGGCGCCCGAACCCGCCAUUCUGGUUCCUCUCGUUCGAUACCUUCCCGCUGGGAUAUCCGACGAGCACCAAAUACCGUUACCACGGCCUCGUGUCUGCUCCCUUUCCGUGCACCAGCAUGUCAUUGAGUCCUCCCCCAGCGCCCGCCUCCACAUACUCAUCCUCAAUCGACCCGGCAUCUCCGCAAGCGAUCAUCGAAGCAGAUUCAGACCACUCAGACGUCGCAGAGAGCUGUAACACCAGCACAAAGUCGGUAAACCAGAGCAUCUUCGACUACGUUAAGGAGAAUGGGAGGACCUACCAUCGAUACCAGGCGGGCUCAUAUCUAUACCCGAACGACGAGUCCGAGAGCGAGCGCCUCGACCUACAAUUCGAGAUCCUUAAGGUUCUGUUUGGCGGGAGAAAUUUCUAUGCGCCGCUGGAAGACCCGAGAAAGAUCUUGGACAUCGGUACAGGCACGGGAAAAUGGGCCAUAGAGAUGGGGCAUCAGUUUCCCCGAUGCGAGAUCACAGGAACCGACCUUUCACCCAUACAGCCUGACUGGUAUCCACCCAACGUCAAGUUCGUGAUCGACGACGCCGCGGAAGAGGACUGGAUGAUAAAACCCGACUCCUACGACUACAUUCACACCCGCGUGCUCCUCGGCUGCUUCGAAGACUUUCGGGAAGUCAUCCGCAAAUCAUUCCGCUACCUGAAACCCGGCGGCUGGAUGGAAUCACAAGAGUAUAUGCACACUGUAUACUGCGACGACGGCACUAUGGGUUCCGACUACGCCUUUGCAGAGUGGACCAAGACCCAAGACGCCGCUGCAAUGGAGCUGGGCCGGCCGCUAAGGAUCGCGAACAAGCUGAGGAGGUGGUAUGAGCAGGCCGGCUUUGUAGAUGUCCACGAGGAGGUGUAUAAGCUGCCUGUCAACGCCUGGCCAAGGGAUCCGCAGCUGAAGAUGCUGGGACGCUUCAGCGAGAGCAGCUUGUUGGACGGCUUACAAGCAUUUAGUCUGGCCUUCUUCCAUCGCGGGCUGGGCUGGACAAAGGAUGAGAUCGAAGUAUAUCUUGUGAACGUCAGGAAGGCCAUCUCGGACAGGAAUGUCCAUGCAUACCACAAGAUAUACGUGGUAUGGGGCCGGAAGCCUGAGAACGCUACGAGCACUUGA